AUGGCGUUCAGUGAAGUGGAUGGAUAUCAAGCAGUACAAUACUGUUUUCCUCUCCACAACUCGUCUUGCGUUAAGAAGGAGCGAACCAUAGCAGAAAAUAUACUCCUGCACCUUUUUUUUUUCUCUGUCUCAUCAUUCACAGUGUUUGUGAAUCUGCUGGUGAUCAUCUCCAUCUCUCACUUCAAGCAGCUCCACACUCCAACCAACCUGCUCAUCCUCUCUCUGGCUGUGUCAGAUCUCCUGGUUGGGAUUGUUGUGAUUCCAGUGGAGGGCAUCAAAGUCAUCGAGUCAUGCUGGUAUCUUGGUGAAACAAUGUGUUCAGUUUUUCAUGGGAUUGUUUUCUCUGUCAUUUUUGCAUCUCUAUACAAUUUAGUCAUCAUAGCUGUUGACAGAUAUGUUGCUGUUUGUGAUCCUUUACUCUACAUUUCAAAAAUAACUAUUGGAAAAACAUUGACUUCUAUAUUCCUAACCUGGAUAUUUUCUUUUAUCUAUAAUCUUGUUAUUCUAUACUGUAAUGGUCAAUGGUAUCGUUCUCAGGCACACAAGAACUGCCAUGGAGAAUGUGUGUUGAUUAUCAGUUUUACAUGGGGAAUUAUUGACCUUUUUGUCUCCUUUGUUGCACCUUGUUCUGUUAUUAUAUGCUUAUACAUGAACAUUUUCAAAGUGGCAAGAAUUCAAGUAAAAGUGAUGAAUAUCACAACCAGGAUCAAGAUGUCAGAGAGUAAGGCAACCAAAACACUGGGGGUUGUGUUAUCGGUGUUCCUCGUCGGAUGGAUCACAUAUUACGUUGGUUCACUUUCUGAGGACUACCUGGAACAUUCAGAUGUCAUCAUAGCAUUUCUCUCCUGCGUUGUGUACAUUAAUUCCUUCCUUAACCCUCUGAUCUAUGCAUUAUUUUACCCAUGGUUCAAAACAGCAGUAAGACACAUCUUAACCUUACAUAUCCUGGCACCCUCAUCCUCCUUAAUAAAUCUCUUUCCAGAAGAUUGUUAG